UCGAUAGUCCCUGGAAAAACACAAAUUCAGCACAAAGAGUCUACAGGGUACGCCAAGAUCGCAACUUUAAGUCCCCAUCUGCAUAUUGCUGAAGAACGACAGGUGUUUUCGGCUUCCUUAGUUUUCUUCUUCAUAUUUUUAUAUACUUGUGUUCCAAUUGUCUCUGCAAAGACUUCUCUUUGUGGACUUUAUUUCCAUACUUUGGCUCUUUCCGACGACAUGUCUCGUCUUCAUCGUAACUCAUCAUACGAUGCGAAAAAUCGCUAUUUUGCUGAAUUGUCAAAAUCUGGUGAUAGACAAGUUUUAGAAUAUGUCUCCUUAGAAUCCGGCGGUGAUGAAAUUGGUGAAGUCGAGAUUGACAAGCAUGCUAAGAACCUCCUUGAUAGCUGCAAUGGCCUUCUUUUAUUAAGGAAGCCCUCCACACGCCAGUACGAUGUCUUCAAUCCUACCACUAAAGAGUCUGUGACGAUUCCCUACUCCUGUGAUUCAUAUUGUGAUGCUGCACUUGCUUUUGACCCUUGCAAAUCCAUUCAUUUCAAAGUUAUUUGCAUUCCUUAUUUUCACCUUGAUGCACCAAAAUGGUUGGACAUGUUUUCUUCAGAAACUGAAAAGUGGGUUCGACACACUCUGCAUUUUGAUCCCGUUUAUAUUGAUGGGUCCCAUAUAAUUAAGGAGUUUGUUUACUUGGAUGGCAUGUUGUACUGGGUGUUAGCUUCAAAAAACCUUUUCUGCAUCGACCUCAAUCUAGUUAGCGCCCAUGCCAUUGACCUACCGAAGAUUGAAAGAUCAAGUUUAUCAUCAAGUAUUGGGGUAUCAGUGGGACAUCUUUGUUUUGCUCAAUGUGAACGCUCAAAUGUCUCAAUUUGGUUGCUUGAGGACAACAAACAAGCUGAUGGAUGGAUUUUAAAACACAGCAUCCGCUUGGAUUACUUGUUGGAUAGUCUGAUGGUGGCUCAAUUUCGAUUACUUGAUGAAAUUUUCUGGUUUCAACCCUAUGCAAUUCAUCCAAAGUCUGAUGUUAUCUUUCUAGGAACAGCUCGGAGCAUCAUAAGCUGGCAUAUCAAAAGCAAUAAGUUUAAUUUGGUCUCUAAAACAAGGGAAGGAAUGGUUGUACCUGGGUGUUUUACUCCAGUUUUGACGUACUCUCGUUGCCUUGUCCCAUUAAAGUCAUUGGGCAUGAGAAAUUUCAGAUCAAAUCAAUUUGCAAUGAAUUCUGGGGACACAAAAGUUUUUGAGCCUGGAAAUGCUGUUUGAAGAUCAGGUAUAGCAAUUUUAGGACAAAGAAGAAUACACGUGUCUCAAAUUCAAGGGGAUGGACAAAGAAGAAUACAUGUGGCUGACCUUGUAUAUUAAGGAUCCAUAGCUAGUCCCAAAAUUUUUUGGAACUAAGGCUUGAUUUUUGUUGUCAUAUAUUUGGAGUGUAUUAUAAUUGUUUGAAUUGGCAUUUAUUAGUCUUAUCAUCUUUUUGUGCUUUCAAUGGUUUUAAUAAUGAUUCCCGUGUAAUUCAACUCUUCUUAAUAUCAUUUUGUGUUGAAUUUUGUCUUCUUUUGUGAUCAAUCCUAAGAAUUUUCAUUUUGUGAAAGUCUUUAGGCUUCCUUUCAAUUAU